AAGCACUUCCUGUAAAGGAAUAGGAAGAUAUCGAUAUUUUGGAUUUAAUGAUAGCCUUUUUUACAUGAAUAUUUCCGACUGUAACUCUCAUUUGAAGCUCUUACAUUUUCCACUCUUCACACAACAGUUUUUGCAUAAUUCAGCACCUGGUCUUUUCAGUUUUAAGCUGCAUCAUUUGGUCUCCACCUAAAAAGCUAGCUAUUGUGGCUAACUCUGUCAGCCCCAACCCUGAUUUAUUUAUCAAACUGAGCGACAGGCUGUUAGCUGAUUGGUUUGCGUUCUGUUGACACAACAUCAACAAAAGGCUACGUGACCUCGUUCCAAGUCAGGUAAAGCCAAAAAUAUGAGCGCAGAAGCCUCAAACCCAGCCGCCACACCCACUCCCUGUGAAGAUACUCAGGGAGAUGGACGGUGGAUGUCCCAGCAUGUCCGAUUUGUUUCUGAGACCAAAGACAGAGAACCUGAUGUUAUCUUUGUGGGAGACUCUCUUGUUCAGCUUAUGCAUCAGUUUGGGAUAUGGCGACAGUUGUUCUCUCCUCUCCAUUGCCUUAACUUCGGAAUUGGAGGAGAUGCAACACAACAUGUGCUGUGGAGGAUAAGCAACGGAGAACUGGAUAACAUCAGCCCAAAGGUUGUAGUGCUUUGGGUUGGCACGAACAAUCACGGUCACACAGCUGCACAGAUUGCUGGUGGUAUCAUGGCAAUUGUCCAAGUUAUUCACAACAAGCUGCCCCAUGCCCACACGCUUGUGCUUGGUUUACUGCCCAGAGGUAGGAUGCCAAAUCCUCUACGAGAGCGAAACGCCGAAGUGAACAAGCUAGUCCAGGAUGCCUUGUCGUCUCUCUCCCAUGCCUCCUUCUUUAACGUGGAUCCAGGUUUUGUCCUCUCGGAUGGUAGCAUCUCCCAUCAGGAGAUGUACGACUACCUUCACCUGACCGCUCACGGAUAUCAGGCUGUGUGUGAACCCCUGCAUGCUCAGAUUAAGUCCCUGUUAGAAAAACCAGCAGAGAACUGAGUAUGGAGUUUAGAAACCUACACUACCACAGUGGUCUUCGUCCCUGUUUGCAGAGACAGUUGCCCGGACCUUUAUAAAGCUUUGGACGUUGAAUAGUAUCAGCUUAUUAAAGGGCUUCAUUUAAUCUGUAUAAGCCUUCUCUAUAAUCAGGGUUGGUGACCACUGUUAUUGAUAAAUGGACCAUGAGUUUUUUUUUUUGUGUUUAUGAUAAAAAGAUGAGAUGUGUUGUGCUUUAGAGAGAAUGUCCGUUUUGAACCCCUUUAGCUUUGUAUCUGACCCCUUUAAGGUUUUUGGCAUGAAAUCGAUAAGUUCCACUGUUACAAAGUGACCAGACAAACAUGAUGGCAUCUCUAGGGUUCAUGUGACACCAAAGGUAAAUGACAUUAGAUCAGCUCACACAUUUAGUUUCUCUGAAAAUAAAGCUUAGAAGUAUGAUUAGAUUGUCCAGUUUAAUGAAAUCACUCUCCAGGUCAAACCAUCACUCUGCAAUGUAUUAAAUACAAAAAAUACACUUCGUCUUCAUGAAGUGUUGCAUAUCUCAUCCCUUUUGUUUUAUGAGCCCUCUCAUAAACCUUUGGAGAAUAAUGUAAUUUUCUGAUGAACUUAUGAAGUAUUUCACUACUACACUGCCUUCCUGACAGAACUGGAGCAUUAUCCAGUUGCAAAAUGAUCCAUAAAUCUUGGGAUUUGUGCCAGAAUAUGCAUGCACACUAGAAACAACUACCCCUCUUGUUUGACUUUUCUUUUUAUUUCCCUUUUCUUUGGGUUCUUCUUUUUCUAUGGAUUUAUUUUGGAUCUUAGUAGUAUGAAAAGCUGAGGUGGUGCAAGAAAUAUAAGAUAUGGCUUUUCCUAUAGUUACCUGGGAAUCUUUUAAUGAAGUCUUCACAGAAACAAACUGGAAACCGAUCAUUCAUAAUGCUAAUUCAGGACUAUUAUUUUCCUUACAAAACUGUGUCUUUAUUGUAAUUUUAAUUUUCUUUUGUAUACAUUAAGUCCAAUGAACAAAAAGCUGUCUUUGUCUAUGUGGAAAAUAGCUUACCGGUUCAUUUUACAUUAUGUCAUCUUACCUCUUUGCCUUUAUAUCUUUAUAUCAUUUUCUUCCCCACCUAUUGUAGCGGCAGUAGAUUUCCAUGUUAGUGACUGUGUAUUUGUUGUGAUCAUCAAUGUAUUAGAUUUAUCCAGUUGCUUGUGCUUCAAAUGUGAACUUUUCUGCAACAUAAAGGCUCACUCGCCCAUGAAAAUACGCUUUUACACUAUGAUGCUUGGGAGCUGUUUGGAAAGGGAAAGUACCACGGAAACUUGAAAUGGUCCAGGAUGAGUAAUUGUGCAAGUGAUGAAAGAAAUGCAUUAAAUUUCUAAACAAGA